AUGUCAGAGCACAGCUAUCUUUCUGGGAAGACCUCAACGAGGAAUUCCAAUCGACAACGGCGGUUCAAUCCAAUGGGUACCUUUGCGAAUAAGACUUCGAAUGGUAUCAAUGGGUUUACAGGUCUGAGCAAUCUGCUACCCCGCUUACAUUAUGCACCAGGACCGCGCAUCACCGGCGCCUCUGGUAACGUGUCACAGUUUCCAUCAAGCUGUAUCCAGUAUCCUUGUCUGGAUAGUGGUAAUGGUUUUCAUAAUUUAUUCGGGACCUCUGAUAAUUCGAGCCCUGUAGAGAUCAAAUGCACAACGGAUGUCUUCAACUACGAAAACGACUGGAGAAGACAAGAACCUAUUUCGGCUCUAUGCAAUCCUUUAGCAGAUUCGAACAGCCUGGUUCCAUCUCACUCCGAUGCGACUGUGGUACAGCAUUUUUGGCAGCACCUGGAUCCAGAUGUGUCGCAAGUCAGCGUAUACACGAAAUCAACCCGCCAACGUAAACGCACAGUUCACUUGCGCCCCAAGAGUCCAAAGUACCAAGGUUUGUCUAAAUUUGCCGCCCCCACAAAUCUGGUUUCAGGUAUUCUACCUACGGUGUCAGCUACUAAGGUUCUCAAUCCACCAAAAGUCGCCCGAAGUUCCGAAACCCAAGUCAAGCCCCAUCUCUCACUUAGUAUCCCCAAAAAGCUGUCCAAUCCGUCCAAGGUCAAGAAUAAUCCUCGCAGUAAUUCAACAGCGUCUCGGGCUGAAAAGUCUCAGUUUUCUGCAUCAGAGACUCCAAUAGACUUUCUUAGUACCCUUGGAGAAGAGGAAUGGAACAAGAGGAUAGAUGCCCUUGGAAAGAUGGUGCAAAAGCGUAAGAAUCAGUUUUUGAAAAAUGGGUUUGGUGAUGCAUCGGGUAAGCCUUUUUCGCCCGAUGAGCCCUCACUAGAGAAGAAACCGGUUCCGAACCGAUGGGUUUGGUACAUGCGAUUGAGCAUGGAGUACGACAAGGAGAUCGGAACAGUCCUUCCCUCAGGGGGCCCAGUAUUCUCAAUUCUUACCUCACAUUGUUUUCACGCCUUGGCAGCUGGAUAUCUCAAGUAUGGAUGGGAUCGGAUAGGAAAAGCUGGGAAAGAGCCAUAUCAAGAGCUUGCUGAUGUAUACUCCGCCGAGAGAGUUAAGCACUUAUCGGAACAUGGAAUUGCAAUCUCCGAUGGAAAAGAUGUUGAACAUCGAAAAAAGAAAGACUUUCCUACUCCCUCUUCUGCCCUCUCGCGAAGCUCCACCAUCGAGUCAUUCCCCAAUCGCCCAGAAUAUGACGACCAGGGUCAAAUGAAAUUGUCAUAUCCUAUCUCAUCUGACGGUGAUAUCCAGAAAGGAGAAUUUUACGAUAGAGUUCUGAGCCUUGAAUCGAAUCGAAUCCAGCCAGAGUCCCUUGUCCAGGCAGGCAUACUUCAUCGUGAAUUACACUCGGACUUCAACCCACGUAUGAACAACUAUAUGGAAUGCAUCGAUCCUAUCAUAUAUCAGGAAUCGAUCCUACCAGCAGUCAAUAUGCCACCCAUCAGUUCGACCUCUGAACCUUUUUUCAGCGAGUAUUUGUCCGACAGAAGUAAUUUUAUGUCAACUUACCUGCAAUCACAAGACUUCCUCAGCGCUUUUGAACCACCUUUGACCUCCGAUCAAGCGUCGACUGGGAGCGAUUGGGCCCCCUCUCCCUUAAACAAUCAAUCACCUUGGCCUUAUCUCAAUAUGGUCCAGUCUCCACCUCUCGGAUCGAAUGGUAUCGAAAGUCCGGAGCUUUCCGCGGCCUCCUUACCAACGCCUGCCAGCCUCACGAGUGAAUAUAACGAACAUUUCGCUGCAUCUCAAAUGAUGAAUGAGUUUAUGAACGCAGAUGAUCUGAUCUCGCAGAGGCUUCAAUCAGAUUCAUCCACUGAGGAAUUCUCGUGGGAUUGGACAACAUUUGGAUUUGACCAAACAGACUUUAUCUGCAACGAAAAUAGUCCUUUUCCGUUCAAUUAA